CCUUUGUUCUCUCUCUCUUACUUUCAACAACAACAGAUCAUUCAUCGUGAUCCUCUGACACAGGUCACACAUCGCAUCAUCUCACUACAAGACACUUGACAGAAUGUCUUACGGCUAUGGCAACGGCGGUGGUGGUGGAUACGGUGGAGGAAGCAACGGCUAUGGAGGCAGUAACGGAUACGGUGGAGGAGGAGGUGGUGGCUAUGGUAGUGGUGGUGGAGGCUACGGCGGCGGUGGUGGAUACGGAGGUGGUGGCGGAGACCGAAUGUCCGCGCUUGGAUCCGGCCUUGGUAACAUCGAUUGGGGCAGGCAGCAGCUCACCAAGUUUGAGAAGAACUUCUACGUCCAGGACCCUCGUGUGACGGCUCGAUCCGAUCGAGAGAUCGCAGAGUUUAGAUCCGCCAAGCAGAUGACCAUUCAAGGCAAGGACGUCCCCCGACCCAUCACAUCGUUUGACGAAGCUGGAUUUCCCGAGUACAUUAUGAGCGAGAUCCGAGCUAUGGGUUUCGCUGCGCCAACUGCCAUUCAGUGUCAAGCCUGGCCAAUGGCUUCAUCGGGUCGAGAUCUCGUUGCCAUCGCUGAGACUGGAUCCGGUAAGACCAUCUCUUUUGCUCUUCCUGCCAUGGUUCACAUCAACGCUCAACCUCUCCUCGCUCCCGGUGAUGGACCCAUCGUUUUGAUCCUCGCUCCCACGCGUGAACUUGCUGUUCAGAUUCAAGCCGAAUGCACCAAGUUUGGCAAAUCCUCUCGGAUCCGCAAUACAGCCAUCUACGGAGGUGCUCCCAAGGGACCUCAGAUCCGAGACUUGUCUCGAGGGGUAGAGAUUUGCGUCGCUACCCCGGGUCGUUUGAUCGACAUGCUGGAAAGUGGCAAGACCAAUCUCAAGCGAGUCACCUAUCUGGUCAUGGAUGAGGCCGAUCGGAUGUUGGAUAUGGGUUUCGAACCUCAGAUCCGAAAGAUUGUCUCGCAGAUCCGACCUGACAGACAGACCCUACUGUUCUCGGCCACCUGGCCCAAGGAAGUACAGCGAUUGGCCAUGGACUUUUUGAACGAUUUCAUCCAGGUCAACAUUGGUUCUCUUGAACUGUCGGCCAAUCAGAACGUCACUCAGAUCAUCGACGUUUGCACCGAGUUUGACAAGCGAACCAAGCUUCUCAAACACUUGGAAACUGCUUCUCAGCAGAACGCCAAAGUCCUCAUCUUCACCGGUACCAAGAGGACGGCGGACGAUCUGACCAAGUAUCUCCGACAGGACGGCUGGCCCGCUUUGGCUAUCCACGGUGACAAGCAACAGGGAGAACGAGACUGGGUAUUGGCCGAAUUCAAGGCUGGCCGAUCGCCCAUUAUGCUUGCCACGGACGUUGCUUCUCGUGGUCUCGACGUCAAGGAUAUCUCUUAUGUCAUCAACUAUGACUUCCCCAACGACCUCGAAAACUAUGUCCACCGAGUGGGCCGAACUGGUCGAGCCGGUGCCAAGGGAACAGCCAUCACCUUUUUCACCACUGACAAUGCCAAGUCUGCUCGAGAACUCAUCAAGCUUCUCGUAGAGAGUAAGAAUGUUGUGCCACCUGAGCUGCAAGAGAUGGCUGCUUACAGUGGUGGUGGUGGGGGUGGACGAGGACGAGGUGGCGGACGAGGUCAUGGAGGAUACGGUGGUGGUGGUGGCGGCUAUGGUGGCUCUGGCGCUAACGCUUACGGAGGCGGCGGAGGUGGUGGUGGUUACUCAUCCAGAUGGUAAAUAUUCAUUCACAAUAGAGGGCUGCAAUUGUAUGAUUAUUCGGGCACCGAGAUCGGCCUCCGACACCGGGGACCGUGAGAUGCAAUAGAGUCUCGCCGAG